CGCUUCAUAUUAUAUACUCAUAAAAUUUAUUGUUGAUAAGUAAUAUAUUUUCAUUGCAUUGAAGAUGGCUUCUCUUGUACAUUCCAUGAUCGUCGUAGUCAUUUUUGCAUCUUUUGCAUCAGUGGCAAUUGCCAUUCCCGGAACUGCCACGUUUUACACUACAUACACUCCUUCAUCAUGUUAUGGAUUUGAAAACCAAGGAACGAUGAUAGCAGCCGCGAGUGCAGACAUCUUCCAAAAUAGGGCAGCUUGUGGUAGGAUGUACCGUGUCACUUGUACUAGUGGCACCAACCAAGGCGUACCUCAACCUUGCCGAGGUGGUAGUGUUACCGUUAAAGUUGUAGACCUUUGCCCCGGUUGCUCGGCAAACGGCCUUGAUCUCUCCAUGGAAGCUUUUUCCGUGAUUGCUGACCCUAACGCCGGUAGAAUUAACAUCGACUUCACCCAGGUCUAAACUAUGAAGGAUUGAUUCUUGAUGAAGAACUACCAAUAAAGAGAAGGAUGGCAAAUUAAAAUUAUGUUAUACUUCGUACUACUUACAAGUUAGCAAAUAAAACAAUACGUACUUGGUUUGUUCGUAAUAUUUGUUAUUACUAUUAAGAUGAAUAAAAGCUUAAACUUUGGAUUGAGUAUCUUCAUUAAACCCUACAAUUUUUACUUGACCGAAGAAAAUAAAACUAGUAGCAUUAUAUAUGUUGCAAUUGAGA